CACCCUUCUCUAACACUUCUUCCAUGAAGCUUCUAGAACUCACCGCAGUUCCCAGUCUUUAUUCCCACCACACUGGUAUUUACUCAACCCCUUAGAGCAAACCACAAUGGAUGUAUUAUACGUAGAAACCCCUCUAGCGCUUGAAUUGUACACUCAUCACUGCAGUACUGCGUACACCGCCUUUGCUUUUGCCGCCGCCCUUUCAUCCCUCAUCCCUCAUCUUUCGUAUCAUCAUGGCAUCACCGAUUAAUAUCAAGAAUUGGAGUCCCUUCAAGAUUGACGCGCUCGGUAUGGUAAUGCUUCUGGGCGCCGAUGCGAUCCGCAAGUCUACUGACCGUCUCGUCUACUCCCCCUUAGAAUAUCUUCCUUUCCUCGCCGGUCACAUCUUCGCAGAUAACUCAGUCAUGGAGCCGGUUCCGGGCUUUGAGUUAUACAACGUCACAGAAGCCUUCAAGGCAACUGAUCUAAGCGCUUGGUUCACACGCUGGCUGUCGUGUCAGAAGUUGUCGUACAACUCUUCGCGGCAUAGGAUCCAAGCUGUACAUCAUGUCCCUGGAUCCCAGACUGAGCAGUGGCUUGGAACUGGGUUAGCUGUUGUAGUGAACGCUUUCUUGAUCAUCUGGCCGAUGCUCAUAGAAGACUGGUAUGGUCUCGCUGCUUCUUUCAGUCUCGUCGCUCUGGUGGUAAUCCGGGCUUGCAUCCUUUACGACUUCCGCGACAGCAUCGACGAGGCUAUCAAGAAGUUAGACGAUCAAGAGACGAAAAAGACGGAAGUCAAGCUCUUCAUCACCUCACCGAACGGCAAGCGCCUGACUGUUGUUACCAUGACGGGCAUCGCGCAAGAAGUUCUGCCCAUCGAGGCUCGACCAAGGUCCGAGAACCUCCACCUGGUUAGCCGUGCUUUCUGCUGGCUGGCCUUUGGUGUCCACGCUGUCACCCUGGGUAUGACAUGCCUUGCUAUCCAACUUCUCAUCAUUACAGUCACACUGGUUUCGUCUGUCGCGAUGAUACAAGGCUGGUUUUCGGAGGGGUCGAAUAGUAAUGACACCUGCAUCCGUAGCCGUCUGCUCAUUAAUCGGCAGAUUGAUGAACGCAUCGGCAGCAUGUCUAGCAUAUACGUCCUUCUCGAUCUGACUGAAGAGGAGGAUCAAAACAUGAUCGCCUGGUCUAUCUUUCCGACGCAGCACAACAAGCUUUGGUUACCGCCGUAUGAGAAGUUCAAGGAAGACUUCAUGACGACACGUGAUCCAAAGGUGUUGAAAACAUGGGGUAAGCCUGUUGUUUUGCGCAAUAGGUGUCUUGGUGUGUUCGAGCGAUCAGAGUGAGAUACCUGCGAGGUCUCUUCUCAAACCAACCAUGGGCAGAUGGAUGUACGUUAGAACCUCUGACGAUCUCCCAAUUUGCCGCAGUAGUUCGCGUCCGUUGAUGAUCAUAUACGUGACCGAUUUUCGCAAAGGCGUACUCGAUCUUGUGACGGGAUUGCUCGUUAAAGAGAUCGAUGGUGGCUUCCACGGUCAAUAUCGUGCACGUAUUUUCCAACGUGGAGUUGCGCGCAUGUUGUGGGAGGCACAAGAUGGCCCAUUGAUAGAUGGGGCAAUCGAUGCAACGGUGGUAAACGAUGAGGCGGUAGAGCUGGAUUUGACGGAUUGGUGUUUGCAGUAGUUAUAAUGGCGUCUAAUUCAUUCGUAUGAUAUUGAUUCGGUGUGUAAAAUGUUGGUAGUGAAGGAUGUGGUGUCGUAGUUGGCUGAAGGCGACGCGAUGGGCAGGUACGAUGCGAGGACG